CAAUGCUGGACUACUUCUAAAUCUACAUUCUAUACAUCUAGUAGCCACUCAACUACGAAAAAUAAAGAUGCUUGUUCCGCUCGCCUCUCGGGAUGAUGAACAAGAUUUUUCCCGGUCUGUAACCACUGCUUCCCCGCACACUGCUGGAGAGCAGGACGACCGAGAAGUGAAAGGAAGAGCUACGACUAGUACUACAACAAGUUGUGCCACUAGCAGCAGCAGUAGUCGCGCGACAAAGGCGAGACGUCAGAUAUUGGACAAGAGUCAGCUCCGGAAAAAUACAGAGCAGAAUAAUAUGCUACUUUUACAUGUUCUAGAGGUAGCAAAUGACGAUCAGACUCAUCCUUCCUCUCCGUCCUCCUCUCCAUCGUCACGACGCUAUCGCUGCGAAGUGAGUCUGUGGCGAAGUUAUGCAGGUGGAGACGGUUUGCAAUUGGCUAUCCCCGUUUCCAAGCGGUCCAUUCCUAGCGUAGACGAGUCCAUACUGAAAGUACCCCUGUUGCCGCAUCCCAGUGAAGAAGAGCAUGGCCAUCAUGAAGAUCAAGAUACUCGAGGAGGAGAAGGACAAAAACGCAUGGAUAAACAGCACUGUGGAGCUACAUCAACAUUGUCCUCGAGACACCAGACACAGACAACAGGUUCCACUUCCGUUUGGACUACUUCUAGAAAACAGAACAGUUCUGCGUCGAAAAUUGUAGAUCAGUUUCUAGAGAUUACUGCUUUCCAGGGUUCACGGACAGUAGGCGUGAUGACAAUACCAGCGAUGGAGGGAGGGAGACUCGACGACGCUCUGACUGGGGACCUGUGGAACGUUUGGUAUGCACUUUCGCCGGCCGACUCAAAUUGUAUGAGGUGUGACUGUGAGCUCUUUGCUGCAUUGUUGAUUUUGAGAAGUCCUUCCAAGAGCGGACUUGCGUUGAUAAAUAGCAUCCAACUACAUGCCGACGCCGGUCGUCAACCAAAAAGGGGCCCAAUGGUCUGGCCUCCGAGUGACCUCCUUGGAAGUCUGGUCUUGUCUCUCCACUUCGGGCGCAGCUGUGGGGGAAGCGCCGCGAGCUUUUGUGGGGUAGCCAGCCCUCCGGCGCAUGGAUAUACGGAGACGGGUGGGGGAGGCGCGGUGAAUCACUUGCACCAGGCGCAUGCAACUGCGCAGCGGCGGACAGGGUGGGCGGAAAUGUUCCCGCUGUGUCCAGCUUUGGAAGCAUGGACGGCCGACGAGCAGAGCGCCAGGAGCCCACGCGCCUCGGGCUUGGCCCUCGUCUCUUCUCCAGGCGGGAACAGCGUAGGAGGAGAGCGGGCCCGCGCGAAGCAGCAGCGAAGGGCAAACUGCAGAGCAGCAGCGCGCAGCAAUGCCGCGCCUCAGCAUCGGGAAAGGAAGGCAGGCUGAUAGAUACAUAGCAGGGAAGGGGGGGCCUCAAAUUUCAGGCGCUGAAGGUGCGGGCGUCUGCGUUCGAAAUUCGACGGACCAGGGAAAGAGCACGACCCCAAAAGGAGCAGGGGAACCCGUCAGAGCUUGCCGGCGUGUUUGAGGCGUUUCCAAUGUGUGGAGAGAGGAGGGCGCAACACAUGAAAAGCGGCGAGGCGGUGCGACGUUUUUGGCGUCACUUGCGGAAAGGCUUGCGGGGUUUCCCUGACUGGGCCGCGUGGGGUGAAGAGUGAAGGGCACGGGAAGCGACUGCGGGCAGCUACGGCAUGACCCAAAGAGGGGCGAAGGAUGCAGCGCGAGACUUGUGGGGUUACUUACUCACCUGCCAGCACCCGCGAAGGUGAAGGCUUGGCGGAUUCGGUCAGCGCAGUCCAAUGCGCAAGACCAGGCGGCGAAAGCGGUGCGCCCCCCGUCGGCUUCUGGUUUGCUAUUGUCGAGGCGGUGCGUGAACGCUCGCAGGCUUCUGGCUCUCAUCAUGUUCGCACGAAUUGCAGCAGCUGCGCGCGCGUUCGCGUUUAUUUGCGCACCUGUCGCGUGGGCCGUGUGAUGAAUGUGCCCCCUCCUUUCAUGUGUGUCGCAAAGGGCGCCACGCGGGUGACUGAAGCCCUUCACUGCUUAGACAUUAACUCAAGACUUAAGCGGUGCACCUUUGUAAAGCUUACAGCUACUCGCUGCUAGCGUAGUGUCCAUGUAUUCACUUUGGAACUUCUCUCAGAUGAAUCAAGUAGACCAGCAGACGUAGGCACCACAGUCCUCCACCAAUUUCCAACGUCACACCUUUGGAAGUCGCGCAUUGUUUCUGUUGUUUCUAAAAAGUCAUCGCCGUCUUCAUCCAGACCGAACGACCUCAAAGCGCCGCUUCCACCAGAGCAGGCUCCGAAAUUGC